AUGGAGCUGAGCCUGGAGAGCCUGGGGGGCCUGCACGGCGUGGCCCACGCGCAGGCAGGCGAGCUGCUGAGCCCAGGCCACGCGCGCUCGGCGGCGACGCAGCACCGCGGCCUGGUGGCACCCGGGCGCCCGGGCCUGGUAGCCGGCAUGGCGAGCCUGCUGGACGGCGGCGGCGGCAGCGGCGGCGGCGCCGGGGGCGCGGGCGGUGCGGCUGGCGCGAGCGGCGGCGCGGACUUCCGCGGGGAGCUGGCUGGCCCGCUGCACCCGGCUAUGGGCAUGGCCUGCGAGGCACCCGGCCUGGGCGGCACCUACACGACGCUCACGCCCCUGCAGCACCUGCCGCCGCUCGCGGCCGUGGCUGACAAGUUCCACCAGCACGCGGCGGCUCACGGCGGCCACCCUCAUGCGCACCCGCACCCGGCGGCCGCACCGCCCCCACCGCCCCCGCCGCAGCGCCUGGCUGCUAGCGUGAGCGGCAGUUUCACCCUCAUGCGCGACGAGCGCGCUGCGCUCGCCUCCGUGGGCCACCUCUAUGGGCCCUAUGGCAAAGAGCUGCCUGCCAUGGGGUCGCCGCUGUCGCCGCUGCCCAACGCGCUGCCACCCGCGCUGCACGGCGCCCCGCAGUCCCAGGCGCCACCGCCGCCCCCUCCGCUGGCCGCUUACGGCGCUCCGAGCCACCUGGCCGGAGACAAGCUGCUGCCGCCCGCUGCCUUCGAACCGCACGCCGCGCUGCUAGGGCGCGCAGAAGACGCGCUGGCUCGCGGGCUGCCGGGAGGCGGGGGCGCGGGCAGCGCGGGUAGCGGGGGCUCCGCUGGGCUGCUGGCGCCGCUGGGCGGGCUGGCGGCGGUCGGGGCGCACGGGCCGCACUCGAGCGGCGGGGGCCCGGGCAGUGGCGGCGGCCCUGGGGCUGGCGCGGCGGCAGAGGAGAUCAACACCAAGGAGGUGGCGCAGCGCAUCACCGCGGAGCUGAAACGCUACAGCAUCCCGCAGGCCAUCUUCGCGCAGCGCAUCCUGUGCCGCUCACAGGGCACACUCUCUGACCUGCUGCGCAACCCCAAGCCGUGGAGCAAGCUCAAGUCGGGCCGCGAGACCUUCCGCAGGAUGUGGAAGUGGCUGCAGGAGCCCGAGUUCCAGCGUAUGUCAGCGCUGCGCCUCGCAGCCUGCAAGCGGAAGGAGCAGGAGCAGCAGAAGGAGCGUGCACUGCAGCCAAAGAAGCAGCGCUUGGUUUUCACUGACCUGCAGCGUCGCACGCUGAUCGCCAUCUUCAAGGAGAACAAGCGGCCGUCCAAGGAAAUGCAGGUCACCAUCUCGCAGCAGCUCGGCCUGGAGCUCAACACCGUCAGCAAUUUCUUCAUGAACGCGCGGCGCCGUUGCAUGAACCGCUGGGCCGAGGAGCCCGGCGCGGCCCCCGGGGGCCCCGCCGGCGCCGCCACUUUCUCCAAAGCCUGAGGCGCCCCCCGCCCCGCGCCCUCCCUGCCUCCACGGCCUGGGCGCUGGCCUCCCGAAUCUCCCACCCCACCCUACCAGCCCGGAGACUCGCCCUAGGGGGCACCUGGAAGGGAUGCGGUCCGGGUCCCCGACUCCUAGGGAGGGGAUGCAGCACACCCCUCAGCCCAAGUGCACAAAAGGGCCCCCCUCCUCUCCAUCCCACCCCUUCAGGCCAGAGGAAGCCCUCCACCAUCCCCCCCUCAGAGGAUGGGUUGAGAAAAAGGGGCUCCCCACCUCCCUCUCAAUUUAGGAUGCGCAGGGGCCUUGGGAAAAACCAGGGCUUGCCGUGUCCUCCCCGAAAGCGGGUCAAGAAGCACAUACUAGAAAUAUAAACCGGGUAUUUAAAAGAAAAGGAAUUUUAAGAAUAACCCCUUCUUCGCCAGCUGCCCCCAACCCCCAUAAAAGGAGGCAGGAAGAGCCUACCUCCCCACCCUCCCGUGGACCUUUCCCUGGGAACUCAGUCCCUUCUAAAGUUGCCACAUCCAGUGGGAUCCCUCCGGUCCCCCCACCCACACCAAACCAACCCCAUCCGCCCGAAGAACUGCCCCCACAGCCAAGAGCCCAGCCGCCCCUCCCGGAGGCAGCCAGGAUUCCUUGUGCCAAGAAUUGCCUGCCUUAACGUCUGGGGAGGGGCCUGAAGUGGCCACCCCCCAGCACCCACAGGCAAGCACCCUCUCCCACCCCCAUCCCCAUCCCCCGCACCCUCUGUCAUUUCACUUCAGCUUUAGGCACCUUGAUGAAUGACACACGGGGAGAGACAGACCCCAGGACUUGGAAGAAGACAUCCAGAUUCCACAGCUACGUCCACGGACACAGAGCACGGGAGACCUCUGGAGCCGCUGCCUGCCGUGGCCAUGGUGUUGCUAUCUGCCCGGAACCCUCUGGAAGUCACUCACCACCUCCUAGCACUUGGAGUGCUGUACUGGGCCUGAAGGGGUGACAGGGGUGAACCUGUGUUUGCCACGUCUGUCUCCACAGAGAAGAAGGUGGAAUCUGCUUGCUCGUUUUU